AUGGUAGAGACUGAGGACCUGGUACAGCUGCGGAGGCUCAGCCUGGAGCUCCUGAGACAGCUGUGGGCUGGGCAGGAAGCCAUGCGGCAGGCUGUGGCAGAGGCAGCCUCUGAGUCAAGCCUGGACUCCAGCAGCAGCCAUGAUGUGGAGACACCAUUAUCCCAGGAGACGACCUCCACAGUUUUGAGAGCCUCCUCGCUACCGGGCACCCCCCAGGAUGGCCCCUGUGAUCUGGCUUGGCCUGGCGGGACUAGCUCCCUGGCAGUCUCUCUCCCAGCUCCCAGCUGCCAACACCAGAAGUGCCUGGGCCGACCAAGACCUCACUCUGCACCCUUGCUGGUCACCUCGGACUUGAAUAAUCCAGAGCUUUCAGCAGAGCUGGGCAAUCCGGGGCACCAGCAGGCCGUGAAGUGCAUCCUGACUCCUCGACAAAGCAAGCCAUCCAAGCCCAGAGUGACCUUCAGAAAGGAGCCUGCCAUGCCUGAGUGGAGCUGGCGCCUCAGGCCAUACCUGGGCUACGACUGGAUCGCAGGAUCUCUGGACAGCACCUCUCCUGUCACUGGCAAGUCUGAGGUCUUCUUCUCAAAGCUGCAAAAGUUCCGGGAAACCAACAAGGAGGAGUGCAUCUUCAGUGACCCUGAAUCCCAGUUCCUCAGCCUUUGUGAGAGCAGCAAUGUGGAUGAGGACCAUGAAUGUGUGUACUGUUACCGUGUCAACCGGCGCCUGUUUCUGGUACCUGCGGAUCCUGGCACCCCCUGCCGCCUAUGCAGGACACCACGGGAUCAGCAUGGCCCUGAGACCCUGGAGGAACCAGCACAGGUCAGGGUGAGCAUACCAGUGUCCGUCCUGGACCCCCCACACCGCUACCGCAUCCACCGGCGCAAGAGCUUCGACGCCUCUGACACCCUGGCCCUGCCUCGGCAUUGCCUGCUGGGCUGGGACAUCAUCCCUCCCAAGCCAGAGAAAAGCUCAGCGCCCAGGAACCUGGACCUCUGGUCCUGUGUCUCCUCAGAGGCUCAGCACCGGAAGCUUUCUGCCGCCAGCCCUACCCGCCUGGCACUACCAACGCAGGCUCCGCCCCCCACCCCAAUCUGGUUAGAACCCCAGGUUACCUGGCACGGCACUCCAUGGCAGAAGCCCUGA